AUGGGUUCUUUACUGACCUGGAAUGUAACCAUAAUCGAAUUCAAGCGACCGCCCAGGUUCGACUUCAAAUCCGGCCAGUGGGUGCGGAUAGCGUGCCUGCCCCUGGGCUCCAACGAGUACCACCCUUUUACCUUGACCUCUGCACCCCACGAGGACACCCUCUCGGUCCACAUCCGGGCAGUCGGGCCCUGGACUAUUGCCCUUCGAAACACGUUUGACCAAGAGUAUUCGAAGGAUGCGAUAUACCCGAAGCUCUUUCUUGACGGCCCGUAUGGCGCGGGUCAGCAGGACUGGUACACGUACGACGUGUCCGUGCUGGUAGGGGCCGGUAUAGGGGUCACACCGUACGCUUCCAUACUAAAGGACUUCGUGCACAUGACCUCCAUCAAGAGCACCUACAAGAUCAGGUGUCAGAAGUUGUAUUUCAUCUGGGUCACCGGAAGUCAACGUCACUUCGAGUGGCUGCUCGACAUCCUGAAGGAAGUGGAGGCGAUAGACACGAAGGGAAUGGUCUCCAUUGACAUCUUUAUCACGCAGUUCUUCCAAAACUUCGACCUGCGCACCGCCAUGUUGUAUAUCUGCGAGGAGCAUUUCCAGAAACUGUCCGGCGGGAAGAGCGUGUUCACCAGCCUGAAAGCCAACACGCACUUCGGUCGCCCCCACCUGAGCAGCAUGUUCAAAACCCUGCACCGUACACACCCUACGGUACGUAAAGUGGGUGUGUUUUCAUGUGGCCCACCUGGUGUCACUAAAAGCGUCGAACGCGCAUGCGUAGAAAGCAGCAGAAGUACAAAAGCCUUGUUCGAACAUCAUUUUGAAAACUUUUGAGUCUUUAAAAUUGAAUUAAACGUGUUAAAGGUGACUUUAUUAAGACAUUUGCUACAAACGGACUUUUGAAAGUUUUACCAGGUUUUGGUUGUGAUUAUAAUCGUAUAAUGAUUAGUAGAUUAAUACAUGUAUCGUAAUUUUGCGUGAAAUUAUAUACGUGCAGUAGAAAUUAAGUGAUAACCCGUUUAAGAAAGUAUACAGAGUUAUGUUGUUGUUUUUCAAAAUGAUCACAUGGUAUGUCAUAAGAGGAAAAAGGUAAUUAAUUUAAAUAUAAUAUUCUGCCACAUUGUUUCGAUGUUUUUAUGUCACGACGAUUUAUAUGUUAGCCAUAUGUUGAUUGUGCAAAUGUUUAAUUCAACAUAUACCAGUUCAUAUAUGCUUAUGCCUCAUGUAAUGUUUUCACGAAACUUUGAUUUUAACCAUUAUAAGCGUAAACUUCAUUACGCAUGAUUCCUUCCCUUAAAAUGUUUUUUUCAGAAUAAACUUAUAGAUAUGAGCCGCGCUCUGUGAAAAGGGGGUUUAAUGCAUGUGCGUGGAGUGUCGUCCCAUAUUAGCAUGUGCAGUCCGCAUAGGCUCAUCAAGGAUGUCACUUUCCGCUUUUAUGAUAAUCACGGAGCGUAUACCCCAUCUAGAGUCCGUGUGAUAAUUUUCGUUUAAAGGAAUUCUCUCAUUAGCAAAAAAUCUAGUUUAGGCGGUAAGUGUCGUCCCUGAUUAGCCUGUGCUGACUGCACAGGCUUAUCUGGGACGAAACUUUACGCACAUGCUUGAAAAACCUUUUUCAUAGAGAAUGGAUGAUAUAUAUUAUAUGCUCAUCAUUCAAGCUAGGGUUGUGAACUAUUGUUAUGUUUUCAUUAUAUACAUGUAUAGUUUAUAUACCGCUAUCAUAGUGCUUAUUCAAACUGUUAACCUCAUAAAUAAAACAGAGAACAGUUAUAAAUAA